UUAUAGAUGCUGGUCAUAUGUCGGGAAAACCCCUGAUGCUGGUGCUCAGGAGUUGUCGAUUGGAAUAGGCUGUGAAUCACAAGCUACCAUCUUACAUGAGAUGAUGCAUGCUGCUGGCGUCUUUCACGAACAAUCGCGUUAUGACAGYGAUCAAUACGUAGUCGUCAAAUACGAGAACAUGAAGGAUGGAGCAUCGAGCCAGUUUGACAAACAGCCCCUGGAGUUCGCAAACACACAAGGUUUGCCAUACGACUAUGCUAGCGUGAUGCAUUAUGGUAGAACAGAUUUCAGCAAAAAUGGCCUCCCAACAAUCGAAGCUAAAGGUGAUCCUGGUAAAAAGCUGGGUCAAGAUAUUGGUCUAUCAGAUCUGGACAUCCAAAAAAUCCAAAAAUUCUAUGAAUGCGAUGCACCUUCAACCAARGUCUUUUCAAAAUGGACCGACUGGACGUGUAAGGUUUACGAUAGUGAUUGCUGGAAAUCCCGAGAGCGGCUCUGUACAGCGGACUCGCUUAGCUCCUGUCCAAAAGCUAACGAUUAUGGAAUUGAAACAGAGUGGCAGUAUGUCAACUGUCCUUGCGCUUAAAAUGGRUAAUAUAUACUAUCGAUAACAACUAUAUGGAAUCUUAGAAAUAGACUAUCAGAAAAGUYUAAAUUAAUUGUUUUUUUUCUUUUUUGYURGUUUUSUUUCAAGAAAGACCAUAUUUAGUUUUUAUUGCCAAGUACACAUGGUGUUAUAUUCUGGUGUUAUAAUAAAGUUAUAUUUGGGGA